UUCUCCACGCGGGCCUCCUCCUCUGCGGGGAGGGCGAAUAGUUCGGCCCUGCCAACAUGGCCGCCACCAUGAAGAAAGCGGCUGCCGAAGACGUCAACGUCACUUUUGAAGAUCAGCAGAAAAUUAACAAGUUUGCAAGAAAUACCAGCAGGAUCACGGAGCUGAAAGAAGAAAUAGAAGUGAAAAAGAAACAGCUUCAGAAUUUGGAAGAUGCCUGCGAUGACAUCAUGAUGCUCGACGAUGAUUCGCUUUUGAUACCCUACCAAAUUGGAGAUGUCUUCAUUAGCCAUUCCCAAGAAGAGACGCAAGAGAUGCUGGAGGAGGCAAAGAAAAGUUUACAAGAAGAAAUUGAAACGUUAGAAUCCCGAGUGGAAUCAAUUCAGAGAGUGUUAUCUGACCUGAAAGUUCAGCUGUAUGCAAAGUUUGGAAAUAACAUAAAUCUUGAGGCUGAGGACAGUUAAAAGUUCUCUAAAGAUACCACGUGUCUUUUCCUUGUUUUAUUGAUCGUUUUGAUAGUUACUCUCUUCCAAUAAUGUUUUAAAAAAUUCGACCUAUAUAUUUUUUUUUUUACUUUCCUGUCUUGGGUUCCAUCUAUUUAAAUGAGAGCUUUCAUAUUUUGGUUUUUGCAGUUAUUUAUUUGUUCAGGAAAGCAGUAGCUUCAUACUGUUGGUAAAGCACCAAGGUUGGAAUGUUUGCAUUGUUUGUUAAAGUAAUAAAGUCAGGCAUAUAUUGUAGUUUCCUUCGUCUUGUUUUCAUCUCAUGUAAAUACUUAACAUCUGUUGUAUAAAAACAACAGAAAUGGGGAAUUGUUUUUUUUAACACUGUACUGAUAGAUAGGCAAUAUUUCGGGCGUGAUCUCACAUUGAGCUGUGAGGUUGCUUUAAGCUGGUGUAAACAGCCCUCAUGGAAACACUUAAACUGUGCUUUGACUUUCAGUCCUAGUUCAAAUGUUUUGCUGCCGAAGAAUAAGGGAACCAAGCCCA